UCUGUAAUCCUAAUGGUCCCCAUUACAUUCUUCUUCUUAUAGUGAAUUAUUGUUCUUCACAUCUAGACUGAAAACCCAAUAAUCUCACCUUGUACUUGCUACUGUCACUGCUUCUUCAACUCUUGCUAACAAUUUUGAUCAUGGAAAUUUCACAUGAUAUUGUGAUUGUAGGAGCUGGAUUAGCCGGACUUGCUACAUCACUGGGGCUUCACAGGCUUGGAAUAAAGUGCUUAGUGUUGGAAGGAUCAGAGAGCUUGAGAAUUACUGGAUUUGCAUUAACAACUUGGACUAAUGCAUGGAAGGUGUUUGAUGGUCUUGGUGUUGGUGAGACUCUCCGGGAUCACCAUGUUCAGAUCGACGGGGUGAUUGCUACCUCUGUUGUUACCGGCCUAGGCGGACAUAGAUCGUUACAGGGCAAAGCUUCAAACGGAGAUCAUGAGGUUCGAUGUCAAAAAAGGAAAACUUUGCUGGAAGCGCUUGCUAGCGAAUUGCCGGAUGGUACUAUAAGAUUCUCUUCCAAAGUGGUUGCUAUUGAGGAAUCAGGCUACUAUAAGCUUGUUCGUCUUGCUGAUGGUACCACCGUCAAAACUAAGGCGUUGAUAGGGUGUGAUGGGGUGAACUCAGUGGUGGGAAAGCAUCUAGGGUUCAAAAAGCCAUUGCUGACAGGGAGAGUGGCAAUAAGAGGCAUAGCAAAUUUCAAGGAAGAACAUGGCUAUGGCAACAAGUUUCAGCAGGUGUUUGGCAAGGGAUACAGAUCAGGUUUCCUCCCCUGUGAUGCUAAAAGCAUUUACUGGUUCUUCACUUGGACUCCUUCUACCCCAGACGAAAUGGUACUGGAUAGCUCAGCAAAGAUGAAGCAAAUCGUGCUAAGAAGACUAGAAGACGGAAUAGGCAACCCUUAUCUAAAGAACGUAAUCGAAACAACCGAAGUCGAAAACAUAGACUCAGCUCCUCUAGGAUUCAGAGUCCCAAUGGAGUUGAUAUGGGCGAACAUAAGCAAAGAUAAUGUCUGUGUAGCAGGAGAUGCAUUGCACCCCAUGACACCUGAUGUAGGCCAAGGUGGCUGCUGUUCGUUGGAAGACGGGUUCGUCUUGGCUCGGUGUCUCGCUGAAGCAUUGAAAACGAGGCACAAUGGAGAAGAUGAAGACGAAGAGAAAGCGGAAUAUGAGAGAAUUGUGUCGGGUUUGCAGAAGUAUGCGAACGAGAGGAGAUGGAGAAGCUUUGAUCUUGUGACUACUUCUUAUUUGGUUGGAGUUUUACUAGAGAGUGAUAAUUUGGUUUUGAAGUUUUUGCGAGAGAAAGUUUUGGGUCAAUUUCUUGGUGGGUUGCUGCUGAAGAGAGCUGAUUAUGACUUUGGAAAACUAUGUGUUACUUAACAAUUCUGAUGAAGAAAUGUUGAGGUUGGGUUUUACUUAUUCUAGUAUCUUGUGUUUUAGUUUUGGUAUUUUUUGUGAUUUUCUGUGUUUCUUUCUUCCCUUGUGAGGAUAAGCAUAUGGUUUGGUUUGGUUGUGUUGUGUUGGGGGAUUUUUCUCAUUAAUUGUUGUAAAACUUGAGAAAGAAACUCACUAUGUGCUAAUAUUAUGAUAGCUAAUUAAAUAAAGGCCAAAUCCUAUUUUUAAAAUUUA